GUUGGUUAUGAGGGUCUAUGGAUGCUGAGUGCUUCGUUGUCCAAGAUGCAUGGAUGUAUCGAUGUGGAGUGAUGUCACAGAUGUAAAGCGUUGUAUGCACAACCCAGGGGAAAGCCGAGAUCAAAGAGGAGGAGAGGAAGGAGCUGUGAGAACUUACAGCGCGGAAGGCGGCGGGGUGCUGGCGUGUGGGUUGGAAUCACCACGACAUAUUGGCGAGGGAGUGAUAUCUGGGUUUGGCGGAUUCGCUUCCAAACUAUUCGAUGGGUUCACUCACCUUGUGAACGAUCCACUUGAAGGUGCAACAAGGGAUGGAGCUACAGGAUUUGUGAAAGGAAUGGCAUCUGGUAUCGUCGGGGCAAUUCAGAAGCCUGCAGAGGGAGUAUCAGUCUUGGCAAAACAAGUGGGAACGGGACUGCGGGCCACUCCUGACGCUAUUUUUGGGACAGGAUCCGGAUUGUUGGAAGGACUGCCAGAGGAUGGGCGAUCAGAACUACGGGAGAUUGAGGCACUCAAACCAUCAUUUCUGCAGGCAGAUGCGAACGCUAAACCGGCACAUGUUGGAGAAGGCCUCAUGUUUGGCUUGAAGAGCCUGGGGAGCGGUGUUUAUGAUGGAGUUACUGGCUUAGUGACUGAGCCUUUGAAAGCUGCAAUAUCUUCGACGGGGCAGUCAACCCCUCAAACAGGUGUUUUGUUUGCGAAAGGGUUCGCAAGAGGAAUUGCUGGAGUGAUCUGUAAGCCAGCAGCUGGAGCGUUGGAUCUUGCUUCAAAUGCAAUGUCAGGAUUAAUUGCAACACCGGGUGCUGUAAUUGCGGCUGCAAAAGAAGGUCCUUCUCUUACGGAAACACCAACAAUGCAAAGGCUUUCAAACCUAAGGGAAGGGCUGAACCAGCGAGUGCAAGCCAUUGCAGAAAGGGUUAGUGAAGACGGUGAGGCCGCCAGAAGGCAUGAUGCAACCAGUUCUUGAUUGAAUCAUGAGGUGGGUGGAUGGCAAUUGCAUUCCGACCUGUGCUUUGUGAAUGUGAGGGUCCUCGCUCAAGUACUUGAUCCUGUGUAGCACAGAACCUGGCUUGGCCUGUAGGCUCGGAGGCGGCGUAGAUGAAACCGCACAGCGACGGUAAGGUUAAAUUGGAGCACUCAGACUGAGGUGUAAAUGAGAGAACAAAAACGAAAAGAUCAUUCAAUAAGGGAGAGACAGUUUGGGGGUGAAAUUGAAGAUGUCAGUCAGGCUGAGGUCCUCUCCACAGUACUCAUGAAAUGAAAAAGAAAAUGCGAGUGCAUCUUUGUGCAGAAGCUGGCAAGAUGCAUCUGUUAUCCAUGAUGUAUAUUGCUACCAUCUUUUUUUUUUUUUUCGUUUCGUGAGUGGGAAGGUCAACAGCCAGAAAGCGAAAGGUUGAAUGAUGCCUGAAAAGUGUCUCAGAAAAAAAAAAAGUGUAUGCUCUGUUAGGAGGAUUCUAGGUCAGACGCGUCUCCCAAUUCCAGAGAAAGGAGGAGAUCUCAAGGGAGAGCUUCUGAAAGUGUACUCACACUACAAAUUUUUGACUGAUCUCUGGACUUGAUUGCGGCCAGAUACAUCCAGGACCAGGUCUAAUUGCAGUCAGAAUAUAUGCAGGAAAGUCCUAAUAUGGUAUGCCCCCUGGGAGAGGCGUACGUCGAAGACUCCAAGUCGCAAUUGCCCCAAGCAGCCCUGUAGCCUCGCAGUGUCAGCAGCGGACCCUCAUUUCAACCGUCCACUUUCCAGGAGCACACUGGUUGGCCAUUCCCAUGUUACCUACGUCAUCUUCGUGUGCUGCAUGCAUUAUCCUCCAUUUUUCGGUCCAUAUGUAUUAUCUAGUCUGCCAUAGUUUGAGGGUAGGUGGAGUUUGUCAGGUGUGUGUUCAUCUGCCCAGUCUCUUUCACUUGGGAGUGCGCAACAGCCUUGGAGCUGUGUUUGCUGCUGCCGAGUGGUGGAAGCAGGCUGGUCUAAAGAAAAGGCCGAUGACAGCGUGUGGAGGCAUGGAGGCGUGUGGGGAAACAGCGGUUAUCCUUUGCAGAUGCGGCCGUACCCACAGCGAAUGAAGGAAAGUAGAUGGCGGCCGUUGCUGGAGCAGUGGGUGCGCGGAACAUGAUGACGAUGGUAUUGACUUGAGCUUUGUGGCUGCACGCACGUGUACUACUAUGGCGAGCAACCAGGGCUGAGUUCAAGAGGUAAAGCUGGAGGGUAGAAGGCAACACUAGAGUAGAGCUGUAGCGGCGAGGAUGUUUGCCACAGAGAUAUUUGUUCGUCCUUGCAGGGGGAGUCCACAGCCAGGGAGUCCAUAUCCUGAGGAAUGAAAGGUGACAGCAACAGUCAGUAGCCGGCUAUGCUAGAUUAGUGGUGCAGCGAGGAGCAUGCCCAAUGGUUGUUGGUCCUUGGAGGGGAUGAGCAGAGCAACACCUGCGGUGUCCUGAGGAACAAAAGGUGGCAGCCACAUUACCACCAGUCGGUAGUGGUUUACCCUGAAGUACGGUGGGCUAGUGGCAAAUAGUUGUUCCCUCUUGGGCUCGAAGGCUACAGGCAGCACUGCCGUGUCCUGAGCUACGGAAGGUAGGUGGCUGUGACCGCUAGCUAGAAGCCAUGCACAACGCCGGAGGCAUGAUGUGCUGGCAAUGCUCACUUCCGUCGGUGACAGACGAAAGGCUACCGCUGACAGCCAAGGGUACCCUCGGGGGGACUCUGGACUUCUGAGUGAGUAUGUUGUCCUGUCCUACAAGGGAGAGGAGCAAAAAACAAGGCUUGGGUUUGCUCUCUGCCCUUUGGCAUUACAUUGUACCUACCUUGUACAAAGUUCUCACUCAGCUUGAUGCCUGUUACUUGCAGAAGGAGGCUUCGAUUUGCUGAUCUACUUGUAGAAGGAGGCUUCAGUUUGCUAAUCUACAUGUAGAAGGAGGCUUCAAUGUGCUAAUCCACUUGUGGA